AUGGCUUCUGACGAUGUUCGUAAACCUAGUCUUCGCAUUGCAAUCUGUGGAGGUGGUAUAGGAGGAUUAUGCUUGGCUGUUUGUCUAUCCAAGUUCGCCCAUCUUGAAGUAAAGUUGUACGAAGCUGCUGGUCAAUUCAAAGAAAUUGGGGCAGGUGUUAUGAUAUGGGCCAGAACCUGGCGUAUCCUCCAAUCCAUGGGUUUGGACAGAGAGUUCUCCAAGAUCGCACAUUCCCCUCCAACUGGGGCACAAGGAGUUGGCUUCAAUUACAGACGGUCCGAUCAACCACAUGAAGGCUUUCGCUUCAAAUUGGUAGAGAUGCCUUGUGAGUAUUUACCUCAUUCUUGCAUUCGCUUCCACAGGGCCCAGUUCUUGGAUAUAUUCGUGGAUCACUUGCCCUCUGGAGUUGCUCAUUUCGGUAAAAGGCUGAUAUCUUAUUCUAAGGACAUGAAUGGACCACAGACGACGCUACUCUUCGAAGAUGGUACAUUUGCAACUUGUGAUGUCCUUGUUGGAGCAGACGGAAUCAAAUCUACCAUACGGUCGCAAAUGUUCCGCGAAGCCGCAGAGGCUAGUCAAGAUGCAAAUCUUUUUCGAUUUACUUCUCCAGUUUGGACAGGCACAAUUGCAUACAGGGGGCUCAUCCGUGCUCAAGACAUACCAUUGACAAAAGAUGGAUUACCACAUCGGACAAUCAAAGACCCUAUGAUGUACUGUGGCAAAAGCAAGCACGUUGUUAGCUAUUCUAUAUCUCAAGGUGAUAUUAUUAAUGUCGUCACAUUUGCUUCGAAUCCCAAAAGACACGGAGAUCUCUAUGAAGGAGACUGGGUUACCACUUGUUCACAGGACGAGCUUCUAGGUUGUUAUUCUGGGUGGGAACCUGAGGUCGAACAGUUGCUGAAGUGCAUCAGGAAUCCUACUCGUUGGGCAAUACAUCAUAUUUUGCCUUUACCCUUCUAUUACAAGGACAAUGUGGUUCUGAUGGGCGACGCGGCUCAUGCCAUGUCGCCUCAUCAAGGCGCUGGGGCCGGUCAGGCAAUUGAAGAUGCAUACAUUCUUUCUAAUCUUCUGGCUACAGCGACCCGGAAAUCAUUACCAAAAGUUUUGAACGCAUACGAAGCUGUUCGGCUACCGGCUGCGAACCACGUUUUAUUGGGUUCCUAUGAGUCAGGAAUGAUGUAUGAAUUCAACAGCAAAUAUGGCGAAAACUAUGAGAUUUUGGGACCAGCUAUACAACGUCAAUGGGAUUGGAUUGAUAGGCCAUCCUUGGAGGAAAGCUUGGAAGCUGCUAUAAGAUUGAGUAAAGGAAUACCUGAUUCUCGGCUCUAA